GAGAGGAAAUGCAGAGCGAGAGCUCUUCUCGCUCAAUAGAGUGACGAGAAAAAAUAUAACGCAGGCUUAAUUGAACAUGAAGGAAUGAGAUGAAUAAGGCUUGAGUUAUCGGUGCAACGAUUUCAUGGUGAGCAUUACUUGUGUAGUUAUUGAUUAGAAAGGGGAUACGAAUAUGAAUGAAAAAUUGGAAUUUGCAUAAAAUUUUAACAAGCUGAAUUGGCAUAAAAUUGACAAGGACUCAAUACUUUGAAAUGUAAUGUGUUAUGCUCUUAUGUCAAUAAUUUACCGUCAACCGUACGACUGGCAGAUAUUUCAAUAUUUUAUACUCAAAAAAUUAUUUAUUUUUUUACAUUACGGCUUUGAAGUAUUUCGUUGAAAUCACAAAAGUUCAUAACUUGAGCCAGAUUUCAAUAUUUUAUUAAGUGUCAACGGGAUGACUAACUUUGGGGGUUUAAAUUGUGGCUGCUAUUGCAACUAUUCCCCAUGUUGUUGUCAAUUUGUGCCGUAUGUAGCUGUGGGACGAUUUCGAUAGCCAUUGGUGUCGUCAUCAUCUUUGGUGGUCCCGAGCGUUACGACGCAAAGACGAAAUGACAUCAAACCGUUUAUGCAGGAUCAUCUUUCACGGGAGGCAACAUCACGAGCUGGAGUCAGCACAUCUCUGAAAAUGAGUUUUAACUAGAUAGUAAUUUAGCUUGUGAAUGAACUCGGGGUCAUGAAAAUUAACAUAUGGAUGGACAAUCUAAUGUGCACAUUCUGUCAACAUAACAUUGCGAAUUUGCGGAAAUUAUCUCAGAUUGCUUUCUUUUUCUCCAUAGUUGCUCUAAAGACGUAAAAUAGGACGUAAAAACAAAUCCGUUUCAAACUCCAGUCAUGCAAAUAUUUUCAUAAGUAGUUUUAAAAGUAAUCAUGUUUAAAAUGUCCUGUUAAAAUGGAACGCCACUAAAAAUAUAGAAAAAUGGACAUCUUCAUUAAAAUAAAGGAUCUACUCAUCUCCGUUCCUGGACCAGCAUGGGCAGAAAUUUUAAUCAGAGUAAUUCUGCUGGGAAUAUUUUUAGCACUGGAGCUGCUAAGUGUUCCUCCCUUUGUCCGCGUGAUUCAGCCGGAAGAGGCGUGGCUGUACAAAUUUCCAAUGUCAUCCUCCGCCCUCGUUACGUCCGAAGCGUUAAGCUGGCUCAUGGUCUGCUCAUGUAUCGCUGUGAUAUUUAUAGCGUACGGAAUAAAUAGGAAUUUAAGAUCGGGGCUCAUCGCUUUGUUAGUGCCAACCCUUGCAAUUCCGUUGACGGGAGUUAUUACAAACGUCUUGAAAAUAACAGUGGGAAGACCACGCCCAGAUUAUUUCAACCGAUGCUACGGGGAUGGGUACAUGAUGGUGAAAGACGUUAAGAAGGCGUGCACUGGAGACGUGGGGAAAAUACGGGAUGGCAGAAAAAGCUUUCCUAGUGGACAUUCUUCUCUAAGUUUCUGCGCCCUGGGAUUCAUCUCGGUCUUUUUGGCGUCACAGCUCCGAACUUUCGCGACUAAGGGGAAAGGUGCAAGUUGGAGAUUGAUAAUCACGCUGAUUCCAUUGUUGGCUGCGACACUUGUCGCAGUUUCUCGAUUAUGUGACUAUCGACACCAUUGGCAGGACGUUGCUGUCGGAGCCAUUUUGGGAUUUUCGAUAAUGUACGCCGUCUUCCAGCAGUACUUUCCCCCACUGAAUAGCAUCAAUUGCCAAACUCCGUACUCAUUUUUGGAAAACCAAGUCCAGUAUGACAGCCUCGAAAUGGUGUCCAGUUCAGGGUCAGAAAGUCGGAAUUAGAACAUCUUUAAAAAUAAUUCAGUGCUUAUCAUACACAAAUUUGUGAAGCAAAUAAAAAGCAAUGAUUUACAAAUAUGUA